GUGGAGAUCAUGUUGUCUGUUGCUUCAACUUGUGGUACUAGUCCCAUGUAUCUUUGUAAAACCAACAUUUUUUUUAUUUUUUUUUUUUUUAGCAACCAGCCCUCUAGAUUUGGUUUUCUGCUUUACUUUGUUUUUAGUGUUCAACAAUAACAUGGGGUCAGACCCAGGAAAAAGGUGCACCUCAGAGAAUGCCUUUUGCCCCCUUGAAGGCCACUGAAAAUAUUGGUGGACAGAAGUUGAUGAAGUGUGUUGGAGAUCCAGUUGCAUGGUUGGGCCCUGGAAAUGGGAUGUCAAUCCUAUUCGGGGAGCAUAAAGAAAGAAAGAGAAUCUCCUAGCUGCUGCUGUGACAGUAAGUGAGAUAGAGACUUCAGAAAAUGUCGACGGUAACAUCAGCGAUUCCGGCUCCUCAGGGCCCUGUGAAUCCGCCCCCCCCAGAAGUCACCAACCCCAACAAACCUGGGAGGAAGACCAACCAGCUGCAGUACAUGCAGAAUGUUGUGGUGAAAACUUUGUGGAAGCACCAGUUUGCUUGGCCCUUCUAUCAACCAGUAGAUGCAAUUAAAUUGAAUUUACCUGAUUAUCAUAAAAUAAUUAAAAAUCCAAUGGACAUGGGGACUAUUAAGAAGAGACUGGAAAACAAUUAUUAUUGGAGUGCGAGUGAAUGUAUGCAGGAUUUCAACACAAUGUUUACAAAUUGUUAUAUUUAUAACAAGCCCACAGAUGAUAUAGUCCUCAUGGCCCAGGCCCUAGAGAAAAUUUUUCUGCAGAAGGUAGCCCAGAUGCCCCAAGAGGAAGUGGAAUUAUUACCACCAGCUCCAAAGGGCAAAGGUCGAAAACCAGCAGCAGGAGCACAGAGUACAGGAGCACAGCAAGCAGCAGCCGUGUCCUCUGUUUCCCCACCGACUCCCUUUCAGAAUGUCCCUCCCGCUGUCUCCCAGACGCCAGUGAUUGCAGCAACUCCAGUGCCAACCAUCACUGCAAAUGUCCCAUCUGUCACGGUCCCUCCCACUGUGGCCCCACCUCCUCCUGCCACUCCCAUCAUGCCUGUGGUUCCGCCAACACCACCCGUAGUGAAGAAAAAGGGAGUGAAGAGAAAAGCAGAUACGACCACGCCGACAACCUCAGCAAUCACCGCCAGCCGGAGCGAGUCGCCCACCCCGCUGUCAGACCCGAAACAGGCCAAGGUGGUCGCCCGACGAGAGAGUGGAGGCCGACCCAUUAAACCACCAAAGAAAGAUCUCGAAGAUGGGGAAGUCCCCCAGCACGCGGGGAAGAAGGGCAAACUCUCAGAGCACCUCAAGUACUGUGACAGCAUCCUCAAAGAGAUGCUUUCUAAGAAACAUGCUGCCUAUGCCUGGCCGUUUUACAAGCCUGUGGAUGCAGAGGCUUUGGAACUCCAUGAUUAUCACGAUAUUAUCAAACACCCCAUGGAUCUCAGUACUGUUAAAAAGAAAAUGGACAGCCGAGAGUACCAGGAUGCACAAGGCUUCGCAGCCGACAUACGGUUAAUGUUCUCGAAUUGCUACAAGUACAAUCCUCCGGACCAUGAGGUGGUGGCCAUGGCCAGGAAACUUCAGGAUGUGUUUGAGAUGAGAUUUGCAAAAAUGCCUGAUGAACCUGUGGAGGCACCCCCUCCAGCACCUCCAGCUGCACCUGUCGUCAGUAAAAGCACAGAGAGCAGCCAUAGCAGUGAGGAGAGUUCCUCCGACUCGGACAGCUCAGACUCGGAAGAAGAGCGAGCGACCAGACUGGCAGAACUCCAGGAACAGCUGAAGGCAGUGCAUGAGCAGCUAGCCGCUCUGUCCCAGGCACCUGUGAAUAAACCAAAGAAAAAAAAAGAGAAAAAAGAGAAAGAGAAGAAAAAGAAGGACAAAGAGAAAGAGAAGGAGAAAGAGAAGCACAAGGUGAAGGCCGAGGAGGAGAAAAAAGCAAAGGUGGCUCAGCCAACCAAACAAACCCAGCAGAAGAAAGCACCAGCUAAAAAAGCCAAUAGUACGACGACUGCAAGCAGGCAACCUAAGAAAGGUGGAAAGCAGGCGUCUGCCUCCUAUGACUCAGAUGAGGAGGAAGAGGGUUUGCCAAUGACCUAUGAUGAAAAGCGGCAGCUCAGCUUAGACAUCAACCGGCUGCCCGGGGAGAAACUGGGCCGGGUGGUCCAUAUUAUUCAGUCCCGGGAGCCUUCCCUCAGGGACUCCAAUCCUGAUGAGAUAGAAAUUGAUUUUGAAACUCUGAAACCCACCACUUUACGAGAACUGGAGAGAUAUGUCAAGUCAUGUUUACAGAAAAAACAAAGAAAACCAUUUUCUGCAACUGGGAAAAAGCAAGCAGCAAAAUCUAAAGAAGAGUUAGCUCAGGAAAAGAAGAAAGAGUUAGAAAAGAGACUACAGGAUGUGAGUGGGCAGCUAAAUAACAACAAGAAACCUGCUAAAAAAGAAAAAUCUGGUUCUGCCCCCUCUGGAGGUCCAUCCCGUCUUAGCAGCAGCAGCUCCUCAGAAUCUGGAAGCAGCAGUUCAAGCGGAUCCAGCUCUGACAGCAGUGACUCAGAAUAAACUCUGGACUUUUAAAAAGAAAAAAUGGACAUCGCACACAAUAAUAACUCUGCAGUGUUCCCUUCUAUGGUUAAUAUACUACUUUUGUUCCAUGGUGUGCAGGUUUUCUUUUUUAAUUCAGUGUUAUAAAUGAUAUCUUCCAAUUUUUGCUUUAAUAGGUCAAAAAUCUUUUUUUUGUGUGUGUGUGUAUUGGACUUUAUGAAAAAGUUAACUCUGCAUAAAGUCUUUUUAAUCUUGUCUGAAGCUGAUUGCUUGGAAAUAGCAAGAACUUCAAAUAGUAAUGAUAUACACCCAUAGAAAAACCUUAAAGAUGUGGUCUAAAAGUUCUUGCAAAAAUCCCUUUUCUUAUACCCAACCUGGCCUUCAAUCCCAGAAGGAAUUUUUAAGGAAACUUCUGUAAAAUGGUACUGUAUCCAAAAGAUGUUAGCUUUGGAAAUAGGUGUUGUAUUUGUUAUUAGCACUAGUAUUCUUAACCUCAAGUCUACAGUGUAAUGAAAAUAUCCAAUGCUAUCAUCUUUUUUUUUUUUUUCCCAUUAGCACGCUCAUGCGGUGGGUAGAUGAUGACAAUGUACCUGUUUUGUGAAAACCAGGCCUGGGUCUAAGCAAAGGAGGGGGAGAGAGCUAUAUACAGCUCCAAACCUGAGAAUUGAGCGGGUAUGGGGGGGGAACGAUGGGAAAUGGGGUGUGGAUAUUGAAUUUUUCAAUCCUUGUGACUACAGGAGCUCCUAGGAGGGAACGCCACUGCUGUGUCAUGCAGAGUGCAGGUUUCCAAACACUGAAACUUUUACCUCAACACAGAAAAAAAAAAAGAAAAAAAAGAAAAAAAGGAGACUUUUUUUGUAAGGCUCAGCAAUUUUCUAUGACAGUCCAGCUUAAUGCGUAACCUGCACUGCUGCAGCGCACUCCAUAACCAUUCUCCCUGAUUUCAUGUAUAUAUAAAUACUUUAUUUAUUAACAUCAUUGGUCAUUUUUAAAAAAAAAUAACAACAAAGAAACUGCAUAAAAAUAACAGCAGAAAUGCAGACCUUUUUAAAUGAUAUAAACAAGAGAUAAGACUCUGAGACCCUAUUUAAAUAUGUUGGACUUUUAACCUACAGGUGCUACAGUUUCCUGUUGCCUGUGUUGGUGCUCAAUCAUGUUUAUGUACUCUCAUUCUUCUUCUUCUUUGUCUUUUCUUCUUCCUACUACUACUACCACUUUUUUUGGGUUCUUUUUGUACAGAAUUUAGAGACUUACAGGUAUAGGUAACUUCCAGCUGCAGCACAUUAAAAUUUGUUUUG